ACUUUCCCCCGGUUCAUCUUCUUCAGGUACUUCUCUUCUUCCUACUCGCCAGCAGUCGAAAACUCAGAUGCUUUCCCAAAACCCAAAACGUUGCAGUCCACUCCUUCACCAGCCCCACGUCACAAGUACCACUUGGUUCCCCCCAGUAACUUAGCAACAUGUGAUCAGCGUCAAAUGAAUUACGCCGUCUCAAUGAACAAGAAAAUUACCAGUUUUGUACGAUGCGGGGAUUUGGAUUCAGCCCUUAAAUUAUUUUAUAAGAUGGCUUUUAGGACUACCAUCACAUGGAACUCAAUCUUGGCUGGAUUUUCAAGAAAACCCGGAAAAUUGAUGGAAGCCCAGCAAUUGUUUGAAAAAAUUCCUGAACCAGAUACUGUCUCGUAUAAUAUAAUGUUGGCUUGUUAUUUACAAAAUGGUGAAUUGGAGGCAGCUAGGAAUUUGUUUUCUCAUAUUCCUUGUAAAGAUGUUGCAACUUGGAAUACGAUGAUAGCAGGCUUUUCGCGAAAUGGGAUGAUGAGUGAAGCUAAGAAUUUGUUUUUGGCCAUGCCUCGGAAGAAUAAUGUGACUUGGAACGCUAUGAUUGCGGGAUAUGUUGAGUCAGGGAAUGUUGAAUUAGCUUUGGAGAUGUUCCAGGCUAACCCUGCGAAAGAUGUGAUUGCAUACACAGCGAUUGUAACAGGGUUCAUGAGGUCUGGGAAGGUUGCUUUUGCAGAGAAGAUGUUUCUAGAGAUGCCAGUGAAGAAUUUAGUGACUUGGAAUGCUAUGAUUUCUGGAUAUGUUGAAAAUGGUAGAGGGGAAGACGGAUUGAAGUUGUUUAGGACAAUGCUGGAAUUGGGAAUUAGGGUUAACGAAUCAACCUUGAGUAGUAUUUUGUUGGGAUGUAGUAACUUGUCCUUUUUGAAGUUGGGGAAGCAAGUUCAUCAGCGUGUUUUUAAGUCUCCUUUGUAUUUGGAUAUUACAGUGGGAACUUCACUGAUUAGCAUGUAUUGCAAGUGUGGUGAUUUAGAGGAUGCAUGGAAGUUGUUUCUUGAGAUGCCACGGAAAGAUGUUGUGACUUGGAAUGCAAUGAUUUCAGGCUAUGCUCAACAUGGGGCGGGAGAAAAGGCUCUUAGUUUGUUUUCAAGGAUGAGAAAUAAAGGAGGAAUGAGACCAGAUUGGAUAACCUUUGUUGGAGUUCUAACAGCUUGUAAUCAUGCAGGUUUAGUUGAUCUUGGGAUUCAGUAUUUUGAGUUGAUGCAGAAGGAUUAUGGAGUUAAACCUCAACCAGAUCACUACACUUGUAUGGUUGACCUCCUUAGUCGAGCUGGAAAGCUUGCUGAAGCCAUGGAUUUAAUAAAGAGAAUGUCUUGUAGACCUCAUAUGGCUGUAUUUGGAACCCUUUUAGGUGCUUGUAGGAUCUACAAGAACUUGGAGGUGGCUGAGUUUGCUGGGAAAAACUUGCUUAGUCUUGAUCCUACUAAUGCAGCUGCUUAUGUUCAACUUGCAAACCUAUAUGCUGCUAAUAAUAGAUGGGAGAAUGUUUCUAUAGUUAGAAGACUGAUGAAGGAAAAUAAAGUAAUGAAAACGCCAGGAUAUAGUUGGAUGGAAAUAAAAAAUGUGGUUCAUGAGUUUAGAUCUGGAGAUAGGCUUCACCCAGAAUUGGAUAGCAUACAUGAGAAACUGAAUGAGCUAGAGAAGAAAAUGAAGUUGGCAGGUUAUGUUCCUAAUCUCGAAUCUGAUUUGCAUGAUGUGGAAAAGCAGCAGAAAGAGCAGAUACUUUUGUUGCACAGUGAAAAACUGGCUAUUGCAUAUGGACUAAUAAGUUUGCCACCCGGUGAACCAAUCCGGAUAUUCAAGAACCUGAGAGUAUGCGAUGAUUGCCACCAAGCAACUAAAUUCAUAUCUGCAAUAGAACCAAGGGAGAUCAUUGUGAGAGAUACUACAAGGUUUCACCAUUUUAAAGAUGGAAUGUGCUCUUGUCGUGAUUACUGGUAGAAUCUUCUACGGAAGCUACAAAAGGGGACCCCAUUCCCGAAGGGAAUCAUUGGCAAGUCGAACUUCUUGAAAGAAUGAAGGGUUUGUUUGGAUUGAGUA